AUGCUCGACCCAUUGUUCUUUGUUUUCUCAACAGUAGACUACGAAUUCGAAGAAAAGAUAGCAGCCAACCCUUUCUUCUUGAAAACCUGGUUGGCAUACAUCCAGUACAAACAAAUACAUCAAAAUAAUCAUACUAGCUACAACAAUAUUAUUAACGCAAUAUUUGAGCGUGUACUUUCCUGCUUACCAGGAAGUUACAAGUUAUGGAACAUGUAUCUUGAUAUCCGAAUAGCACAAUGUGAAUACUUACACCCGAUAACCAGACUGGACACCAUAAAAUAUUCAUUUCCAGCUUCUGAUGGCGAUUUACAUAACAACAACAACAAUUACUCAAGAUCGGCCAUUCUCAAUUCCAAUCCUUUCUCGAUGUCAUCGCUGGGAAUAAUUGAGAGCGUCAAUCAAGUUUUCGAAAAUUGCUUGAUCACCAUGCACAAAAUGCCUACAAUUUGGUUAAAAUAUUUAAAAUUUGUUGUAAGAACACAACCAACGAUCACUCUGGUUCGGCUGAUAAUGAACAGAGCUCUUCAGGCUCUUCCUGUCUCUCAACACGACAUUGUUUGGAAGUUUAUUGUUUGGGAAUGGAUCUUGAACGAACAAGCGAAAGUUCCGAAAGAAACAGGAUGUAGAUUGCUGAAAAGGUAUUUAAAGCUCGACCCAUCAUUCAUAGGCAAAUACUUGGAAUAUUUGUCAAAAUCUGGCUAUUAUUCCGAGAUGUGUGAAUUACUCAUGGGAAUUCUUGCCUAUUCUUCUUCUGAUGGACGCAAUUUUGGCCAUCCCAUGUUGCAUGUUGGUAUUGCAAUAGACAAAGUGGCAUCUUGCUAUUUAAAAGAGCAUUCACCGCUACAUGUUUGGAACCAAUUUUGCUCUCUUAUUUCUGAACAGGCACAACGAAUCAAUAUCCCUCAUUCCGCUAUUGAGUCUGUUCUUGUGUCCGGAACAAAACGAUAUCCCAGCGAAAUUGGAAAGUUGUGGACAACAUUAGCACAGUAUUAUAUUCAGCAUGGAAAAUUUGAUGCUGCCAUUAGUUCAUACGAAAAGGGGAUGUCGAGCGUUUCUACUGUUAAGGAUUUUAAUUUAAUAUUUGACACUUAUGCCAAAAUGUUUGAUGAACUUAUUAAGUUUCAUAUGCAACUACUGGAAAAAGGGCUUGACGGGCAAAAUCAACAAGAGCUUGGCCUAGAGGUACUCAUUUCUAAAUACGAAAAUUUAAUGGACCGACGAUCAUUUCUUCUGAACUCUGUCAAGUUAAAGCAAAAUCCAAACAACAUUCAUGAAUGGCACAAUCGUUUAAAGUUGAUAAAAAAUAGAGAACAAUUUAACAGCAAGGAUUCAAACCAAAAAGCCGAUGAUAUCAUUUCUUGCUAUGAAGAAGCUAUUUCCAAUAUCAAUCCUGAAAAUGCGAGUCAUGGGAAAAUUUUCUCCAUAUGGAACAGCUAUGCAAGGUUUUUCGAGAUAGAAUUGCAUGACCUCGGACAGGCAAGAAGUGUGUACAAGAAGUUUCUGGAUAAUAUUAACUAUCAUGAUUAUCCUGUCUCCACAAUGGAUGUAGAAAAAGUUGUGUGUGAUUAUGUUGAAAUGGAAAUUAGAAAUCGCAACAACUACGAGGCAUUAUCUAUUCUAUCAAAGAUGAUUCAUUCCGGUGAAGAUACUCUAAAAUCCUCAUGCAGAAAAUCAUUGUCAGUAUGGAACCUGUUCUUAGAUCUUGAAGAAAGUGUCAAUAACAACAUCAAACGAAUGAAGAGAGCUUAUAAUGAAAUGACCGAAAUGAAAAUUGUGACUCCUGCUACGGUUAUCAAUUUCACACAAUUCUUGAUUGAAAACAGAUAUUUCGAAGAGGCCUUUUCUGCUUUUGAAAGGGCUAUAUCACUGUUCAACUAUCCACAAGUAUAUCCUAUUUGGACUCAGUAUUUGCUUCAAUUCAUCUCAAGAUAUCAACACACAAAACUAGAAAGAACAAGAGAUUUAUUCGAACAAGCAUUGUCUCAAAUGCCCUUUUAUUCAAAAGAAAGAAUAGGUCAACAAUCAGGGAAAAAUUACGUCGUAAAGAACUCCCAUGCCAGAGAUUUCUUUUUACUCUAUGUUAAAUUCGAGGAAACAUUUGGAAUGAGCUCUAAAUCAAUUAGAGUAUUUGAUAGAGCUAUCAAGUCUGUUUCUCCCAAUUCUCAAGAACAGUUUCAAUUGUAUCAAUUGUAUAUCACGCGUGUCAGUGAGUUGUUUGGAGCUGCAAAAACUAGAGAGGUUAUGGAUUUGGCACUCAAUCAAGCGGUGGAGAGCAACGAUGCAUCUCAUCAAUCGAAUUGCUUUAUUCGAGAUUUGACAUUGCGAUAUAUCUCUAUUGAGCUUAAACUGGGUGAAGUAGAUCGAUGUAGAGGUUUAUUUGGCUUUGCUGCCACCUUCUGUAACCCAGAAAAUCAAGAGCACUUUGCCAAAUUUUGGGAAAGAUGGGCAAAGUUUGAGAAGCAAUUCGGUAAUGUUGAAACCUUCAAAGAAAUGCUCAGAGUUAGAAGAUUUAUUAAGCAGCAGUACAACUCAGAAACAUCUUCUUUCUCCAACAAGUGA